GGAAAAAAAAAUCCCAACCCCUGUCAACGCGCGUGCCCAUCAUCAACGUGAUCAUCAUCAUCUUCUUCUCCUUCUUCUUUCCCAGGACCUCACCCAGAUUACAGAUAAAUUAGUACUAUAGCUAAACUACGGUACUGCUAAAGCACUAAGCUAGUCACUUGGUUGUUCCAAAUUUGGAGAGCAAUAAUUUGAUGGGAAUAUGAUUGAGGGCUUCGACCAGUGCAAUUCGAUGUUGUGCUGGGAAGACGAAGCUGAAAUGCCAAAAGUUGAAUUUCAGGAAUCUGGUCCUGCUUUGAAGAAAGCCAAGAAAACCAUUUUGGCUGCUGAAAAUGUUGACACCUAUGAAGUGGCUGAAAGCCAGGACAGACUUGGUGACUUACCGGAUUGCCUUAUCCAUCAUAUAUUGUCGUUUAUGGAAACGAAGGAUGCAAUUCGAACAUGUGUUUUAUCUAAAAGGUGGAGGUAUAUUUGGGCUUCAGUUCCCUGCUUGAACUUCAGCAGCAAGUCAUUCAAUCGGUUGGUUGAUUUCAAGAAAUUUGUGUUGUGGGUUCUAUCCCAUCGGGAUGAUUCUCAGGUCAAGGUUCUUAUUUACUAUCGCUUCGGGGUGGAUUACGCAACAGAUCAGUAUCUGUUGAAUAAGGUUAUUGAAUAUGCAACAUAUCAUGGUGUUGAAGAAAUCAGAAUCAAUCUUCGGGCUAAAACCUCUGGCAGCCCACCUGUUGAAAUCCCUUUGCCUCUAUUUACUUGUCAGUCUUUGAAACGGCUUGAGUUAAAAGAUUGCAAUCCUACAAAUGUCUCGUCCCCCGUUGGCUGCAAGUCAUUGGAAACGUUGCACCUGGAACAUUUUUCAAUGUAUCCUGCUGCAGCUGACUUUAUGAAUCCAUUUUCAAGUUUGGCGGAACUCUUUGGUUUUACAACAUUGACGACUUUGCACCUUAACAGCUUCACUCUGUGUUAUACAGGAAUUGACUGUCUCAACCCAUUUGCUACAUGUGUCAAUUUGAAGAAUUUGCACUUAGGUGAAAUGUCCUUUAAGUCCGAUUUGAACCCUAAGGAUUUUGUUAUAUCUGCUCCCAAACUCAAAAACUUGAGCCUAAUGUGCAACCGCUUCAAAUGUAAGAUUGUAGUUGCUGCACCAACUCUUACCAAUUUCAGCUACUUGUAUUCUACAUCUUGUGCCUUCUUUGAGUUCAGUCUUCCAUCUUUGGAUGGCUUGGUCAUUGAUAUUCAUGAACCGCGUGAUCAAUUGGAAAAAUCAAUCCGGAGGAAGAGAGAGGAGACUUUGCAUGGUUUGAUCAAUAUGAUACGGGGACAUUGUAAAUCUGAAGCAGUUAAACUAUCAUUCUGUACAGUAGCGGUUACCUGUGGUACUGCAGUUUUUCUAAAGCCAGAGUUUUACUCCUGUAGUAAAUUGAAAUCAUUGAACUUCGGGGUGGGUUCAACAUACAAAAUCUUCAUUAGCAACCUUGACAAUAUAACGGCCUACUUCCGUGAUUGCUCUCAACAUGCAGAUUUUGAAAUCCUGACUAUUUAGAAGGAUACAUCGCGGAGCAGGCUUGGCUUAUGCUGGGGUGGAGGUUAACCCAAUACUUGGAUCAUUGUUGUAUAAACAAGGAUUAGUGCUCGGUAAUAGUUUCACUGGGAAGGAUUGGGGUAUACUCAUAUGUGGUCAAUUUUAGAAGAUAGGUCACAGUGAAAUAGAAAUUCAAACACUUUUUGUAUCUUGAUUCUCCUUUUGUAGUCAUUUUCACCCCAAAAAUAGGGGAGAAAAGAAGCAGAAUAUAGACCCUUUUUUUCCUUAAUAUUUUCUAGUUUCUUUUAUGGGGUAAAAGGAAGGAAAAGGAAAUAAAGAUCCAAGUUAUUAGCUUGCUUAGACAGUUUUAGUUUAAGUGGCUAUAAAUUGGGAGUUGAUGUGAAAUGAAUUUGGAUUCUUUAGAAUGAGGAGGUUUGUAGAGUGAUAAAGCGAGACGAUGAAAAUCGUUAGAUCAUUUGACAGUUCUAGUUUUAGUGAUCUAGGGGUGUUUAUACCCUCGCAUAAUUACUUAACAGAUAUCUUCAUUUCGGAGGAUUCAGAUUCAUACUAAAAUAAGGCAUUUUAUGCUGAUAAUUUUUAGAUAAAAAGUCAAAAGAAUUGAUGGCUGAAAAUGUUGCAGCAAUCUUUUUACUCCUAUAUUCACUGUUGACUGCUGAAACAGCCAAAAGAACAAGUGUUCAUUUCAAGGUGAAAGACAAGGAAUGCCAGAAACUAUUCAAUGGGAAAAAUAUUUGCAUUUAGCUGCCUGGUGAAUGGUGAUCCAAGGUUGUAGUUUCAUUGUAAUUCGGCAUGUACUGAUAAUUUUAAUAUUUAGCAAGGAUAUAUUUAUUUUUGGUUUUUUCUUUUUGAAUUAUUAUUAUUAUUAUUAUUAUUAUUAUUAUUAUUAUUAUUAUUAU